CCACUGUCGAAACAUAGUUUUCGUUGAGUAUUCUUCGAAAGUCCUCGUGAAUUUCAGUAAACUGAACUAAACCCAGAUUUUAUUUUCAAUUUAUUUCUCCCAAGGGUUUCAAGGAAGGGUCUGCAGAAAGAAGAAAAGAAAAAUGUCUGCUAAUGGAACUGAUAACUCAGCUUCUAAGAAGCCUCCGAGUCCAUCUCCUUUGAGAUUUUCCAAGUUCUUCCAGUCCAACAUGCGAAUUCUGGUUACCGGAGGUGCUGGAUUCAUUGGCUCCCACCUAGUGGACAAGUUGAUGGAGAAUGAAAAGAAUGAGGUUAUCGUCGUCGAUAACUACUUUACCGGCACGAAAGAUAACCUCAAGAAAUGGAUCGGACAUCCAAGAUUCGAGCUUAUCCGUCAUGAUGUCACCGAGCCGUUGCUCGUUGAGGUUGAUCGGAUCUACCAUCUCGCUUGCCCGGCUUCACCGAUCUUCUACAAAUACAAUCCUGUUAAGACGAUAAAGACGAAUGUGAUUGGUACAUUGAACAUGCUGGGGCUUGCUAAACGUGUUGGAGCAAGGAUUUUGCUUACCUCAACUUCAGAGGUUUAUGGAGAUCCCUUGGAGCAUCCCCAGAACGAGAGCUAUUGGGGAAAUGUUAACCCUAUUGGAGUUCGGAGCUGCUACGACGAGGGAAAACGAGUAGCAGAAACUCUGAUGUUCGAUUACCAUAGGCAGCAUGGCAUAGAGAUUCGAAUUGCUCGUAUCUUUAACACUUAUGGACCGCGCAUGAACAUAGAUGACGGUCGUGUUGUUAGCAAUUUCAUAGCUCAAGCAAUCCGCAAUGAGCCUUUGACAGUUCAAUUACCUGGAACACAGACAAGGAGUUUCUGUUACGUCUCCGACAUGGUUGAUGGUCUAAUCCGACUUAUGGAAGGAGAGGACACAGGGCCAAUCAAUAUUGGGAAUCCAGGUGAAUUCACCAUGAUUGAACUCGCAGAAGCUGUGAAGGAGCUUAUCAACCCAGAGGUGAAGAUAUCGAUGGUGGAAAACACUCCCGAUGAUCCCCGACAAAGGAAGCCCGACAUAACCAAAGCAAAGGAGCUGCUCGGAUGGGAACCAACGGUGAAGUUGCGCGAUGGACUUCCACUUAUGGAAGAGGAUUUUCGGCUGAGGCUCGGGGUCCCGAGGAAGAACUGAUUGAAGUUAUCUUACAUAUACACCAUUCCUGGACAGCGGCCGAGUCAUAUGAUCCAGUUAUAGUAGAAGCCACAAAUAUAAAGUGUUAUUAUCUCUUUCCUUUGAAGUCAAUUUCCAGUAUGUUUUAUGUUGAUGCACAAUAAUGGCAGCAUCUUUUAUCUCCGGUUGAGUCAUU